AUGUCUUGCCGCUCCUAUCGAGUCAGCUCUGGUCACCGGAUGGCCAACUUCAGCUCUUGCUCAGCAAUGGCUCCUCGGAACCUGAACCGCUUCCGGACCAGCUCUGUCUCCUGCAGGAGUGGCUCUGGCUUCCGGGGCUUGGGCGGCUGUGGUAGUCGGAGCGUCAUCAGCUUUGGAUCAUGCUCACCUCGGAUAGCAGCCAGAGGCCCUCGACCCAUCAGCUGUGGAGCCGGCUUUGGAGCUAGCAGUGGGAUGGCCUUGGGCUUUGGUGACGGGAGUGGAGUUGGUCUGGGCUUCCGAGCUGGCGGUGGUGUUGGUCUGGGAUUUGGAGCUGGCAGUGGUCUUGGCUAUGGCUUUGGUGGCCCUGGCUUUGGCUAUAGAAUUGGAGGAACAGGAGGCCCGGCAGCCCCCUCUAUCACAGCAGUGACUGUGAACCAGAGCCUGUUGACUCCCCUCAACCUGGAGAUUGAUCCCAAUGCCCAGAGGGUGAAGAAGGAUGAGAAGGAGCAGAUCAAGACCCUCAAUAACAAAUUUGCCUCCUUCAUCGACAAGGUGCGGUUCCUGGAGCAACAGAAUAAGCUCCUGGAGACCAAGUGGAGCUUCCUCCAAGAGCAGAAAUGUGCCCGGAGCAACCUGGAGCCUCUCUUUGAGAGCUACAUCACUAGCCUGAGGAGGCAACUGGAUAUGCUAGUUAGUGACCAGACCCGGCUGCAAGCUGAGAGGAACCACAUGCAGGACGUCCUCGAGGGCUUCAAGAAGAAGUACGAAGAAGAGGUGGCCUGCCGAGCCAGUGCUGAGAAUGAGUUUGUGGCACUGAAGAAGGAUGUGGAUACGGCUUUCUUGAAUAAAUCCGAUCUAGAGGCCAACGUGGAUGCCCUAACUCAGGAAAUUGAGUUCCUGAAGGCCCUGUACCUGGAGGAAAUCCGGUUGCUGCAGUCGCAUAUCUCAGAGACAUCAGUCAUCGUGAAGAUGGACAACAGCCGGGACCUGAACCUGGAUGGGAUCAUCGCUGAGGUCAAGGCCCAGUAUGAAGAGGUGGCUAGGCGCAGUCGUGCUGAUGCUGAGGCCUGGUACCAGACCAAGUAUGAGGAGAUGCGGGUGACAGCGGGCCAGCAUUGUGACAACCUACGCAACACGCGGGAUGAGAUCAAUGAGCUAACCAGGGUGAUCCAGAGGCUAAAGGCAGAGAUCGAGCAUGCCAAGGCUCAGCGCACCAAGCUGGAGGCCGCCGUGGCUGAGGCAGAGCAGCAGGGUGAAGCAGCCCUCAAUGAUGCCAAAUGCAAGCUGGCAGAUCUGGAAGGUGCCCUGCAGCAAGCCAAGCAGGACAUGGCACGGCAGCUGAGAGAGUACCAAGAGCUUAUGAAUGCCAAGCUGGGCCUGGACAUCGAAAUCGCCACCUACAGGCAGCUGCUGGAGGGCGAGGAGCACCGGAUCUGUGAAGGUGUUGGACCAGUAAACAUAUCUGUGAGCAGCUCCCGUGGCGGCAUGCUGUGUGGGCCUGAGUCCCUGGCCAGCGGCUCGGCCCUCUCUCGCAAUGCUGGGGUCACCUUCUCCAGCAGCAGCAGUAGCAUCCGCACCACGGGAGGGACCCUGACUUCCUGCGGCUCGAGAGCUGGUGGGGAUGUGCUGAGUGGGGGUACCAGAGGCGGCUCGGUGCUCAUGGGUGAUGCCUGUGCCCCGGGUGUCCCCUGCCCACUGCCUACCGAGGGUGGCUUCAGUAGCUGCAGCGGUGGCCGGAGCAGCCGCAGCUCUAGCGUCCGCUUCUCGUCCAGUACCACCUCCCACAGGACCAGGUACUGA